AUGUCGCGCUAUGUCGAUGACCCUGACUACCGCCGCGGCGAGCCUCGUCACUCCUCCAGAAGAGAACCUCGCGAGCGUGAUCCUCGGGAUCGUAUUGAAACUACAAGAGACAGAAGAACAAUAGACGACCGUUUGGACCGAGAUACCCGUAUGAGUGAUCCCAUGGACACCCGAAUGGAUACCCGUAUGGACACCAGGAUGGACAACCGCGUGGAUAUCCGGACAGAUCAAAGGGCCAACACUGCUUCUCGUAUCGAGCCUCGACCUGACCGUAUGGCGGAUAGCCGCAGUGCUGAGCCCGAAGGCGGCAUCGUGAUGCUGCGGGACCCUACCACCGGAGACAUCUAUCGCGAAGUGAGACAGCCCGUACCGUCCAGGACUCCCUACAAUCGUGAUGAUCGUGAUUAUGAUGCCCCCUCAAGAAGUCGGACAACUAUGGAUACAUCCAUAAGCAGGGACCGUGAAUCCAUAAGGCCAGAAUAUACAGAAUACUUUUGCCCAGGAGAUGGAAUUGAACGAGAAGUCAUCCAACAUGAAAUCUGCAAGUAUCUUGGUCAGGAUGCCGUUUGCCGCCCCGGCCGUAACAACGAAGGUCGUGCUGGAUACUGGGUCAAGGCCUAUCGCCCUUUCACCACGGCAAUGGAACAAUCCCUCCGUGAGGAUACUAUCAAAUGGCAACGCGAACGAGAACGACGGGCCAGACAAGGCCAAUCUCGAGGUAUGGCUCGUUAUGAGAUGCAAAAGAACCGAUCUGAGGAUCGUGUAGGUUCCUAUGCGGAAAUGCAAGCCCGACAGGAAGCCCAACGACGAUACCCAGGAGAUAUGGACCUUGAUGAUGAUGAUUAUAACCGUCCUGGCCCUUGGCAUCGUGAUGUCGAUCCUCCCCGUCCGGUCGCCAGUGGUCGCGUACCUAUACCGGUCAGUUCUGCUUAUUCGCCAGAGCCUGGUUAUCCUGCUUCAUACACCAUCUCUUCCAAUCAACAGCCAUAUCCUCCCGGCCAGCCCCCAUAUUACGGACCCGAAAGAGAGCCCAGGACUUUCGGUGGAGGUAACACGACACCUCCGUCAAUGAGUCGACCCGGACAGCAAGGGGGUUAUGUACAACCCGGUUAUCCCUCCAGGACAGGCCCUCCCGUAUCAUCCUCCAUACCUGCUUCCUAUGGAGACCCCAGAAGAGACGUGAUGGGUUCAUAUCCCGCCGGCGGCUACCCUGAUUCACAUGGAUAUCUGUGUCUGCAUCUUCGAGGAUGCAUCAUUAUCUUAUCUUCCAGGAUGAUUGCAUUAUCACCUGACUACCCGGGAUUGACACAAGCCGCCUUUAUGCCCACGAGAGGAUACCCGGAUUGUUUCAUCAGCAUUCACGAGGCCAUGACUUUCAUGAUUCUGAAGAGUGCACAGGCUCGCAUAGGCUGCCGGUACAUUGCGAGGUCGUUAAGCCAUCAAACACUGGAGUUGGGAUUGAUCCAUAUUUUUCCUUCUCGCCGGGUUCUGGAGGGCCUUUGUGGAGUACCACUCAAAAUGGAGUCUUUCCAAGCUUCGAUAUACCAUACGGCACAGCCGGCUUUGCGGAUCUGA